GUGAGUUUUUUGUCAAAUAAUUGAGAAAAGCAGAGAAACAGUUUCAUCAGCAGUGUUUCAAACGGCUGACUCGAGACAGAGAGGGGAUUUAUUGUGGAGAUAACUCGUGUUUAAACCUCAUUUAAUUGAUUAUUAUAUCAAGUGUUUUGCUUAUUUUUGGUUUUUACCUGUUUUUCUGACAAACAGAAAACAAGCUAUUUGUUUCCCCUUAUUUAAUCGAUGAUUCAGCAUUUUUCUUCUAGUUUCAGAUGUAAGAAUUUUUUAAUUUUCAGAAUCUUUCUGCUGAAAACACUAAGGAGGUUUUCAAAUAUUUGAUUUAGGAACCAGAUAAGGUGGAGUUUUAAGUGGAGAUCUUGAUCCCCAACGCUGAGCUGACUCCACCUUCAGUCGUCUAAGCUCUAUAAAGAAUCGUUUCCCCCUCGCUAAAACCCUUCCACAGGAGAUCCCAUAUCGCCUCCGCGGACACAGGAGGCUUUCAGUCCCGACAACCCCCCCGUCUUCGUCUGGAGCAUGUCCUCUGCAGGUCUGGAGAUCCUGGGGCUGAUCCUGGCCGUGGCCGGGUGGCUGGGGGUGAUGGUGGCCUGCGGCCUGCCCAUGUGGAGGGUGGCGGCGUACGUGGGGCAGAACAUCGUGGUGUCGCAGGUGAUCUGGGAGGGUCUGUGGAUGAACUGCUCGGUGCAGAGCACGGGCCAGAUGCACUGCAGGGUGCACGAGUCCAUGCUGGGGCUGCCGGCGGACCUGCAGGCGGCCCGCGCCCUGGUCAUCGUCUCCAUGGUGCUGAGCAUCGUGGGCAUCUGCCUGUCCGUGGCCGGCGCCAAGUGCACCAACUGCAGCCGGGACGCGGGCAGCAAGCCCCGCCUGGUGGUGGCCGCCGGGGGGACCUUCGUGGCGGCCGGGCUGCUGAUGCUGGUGGCCGUGUCCUGGACGGCCCACGCCAUCGUGCUGGGCUUCUACGACCCGCUGCUGGAGGAGACGGCCAAGAGGGAGUUCGGAAACGCUCUGUACUUCGGCUGGGCCGCCUCCUGCCUGCUGGUUCUGGGGGGGGCCCUGCUCUGCUGCUCCUGCCCGCGGCCCGCGGCGCCCGGCGGAGGCGGCUCCGCACCCUCCAGAGUGGACUACUCCACCGUCAAAACCACGUCAGUCAACCGGUACUCCAAGAGAGACUACGUCUGAGUGACUGCAGAGUUCAAACAUCUGUAGAUACUGCUGCGYAUUUCUGAAAUGUGGGUCUGCACUUAAMGUAAACAAAGAGCUUUACCUGCUGCUUUGAUGCCAUCACUGCAAAAACUGUCCAUCAAACCAAGUUUUAAAACCUUUUAUCAGCCAAAAAGUCUUUUUAA